GUGGUGGCUGCCGGGCGGCCGAUGGCGGCGGGGGCAAGCGGCGUCGGCCUGUUGCCCUUCUUGCGGCUGCUGGGGCAGCUCAAGCAACAGGACUAAGGGUAAUAGGCAUAAGCAGGAACACCAAAAGUUCCACUUAAACACAACGAAGAACUGCUUUCCUGUGCAAGUGAGGGAGCCCUGGUACAGGCUGCGCAGAGAGAGUGUGGAAUCUCAUUCUCUGGAGGUUUUCAAAAUUCACCUGGACUCAUUCAUGUGCUGCUUGAUCAAGAGAGUACCACGGACAGGAUGGGUGUACAGAAACGUGUCAAAGCCAGAGAGUGUCUCUGAUCAUAUGUACAGGAUGGCCAUGAUGGCUUUGGUGACCGAAGACAAAAGCCUUAACAAGGACAGAUGCAUACGAUUAGCUUUGGUUCAUGAUAUGGCCGAAUGUAUUGUUGGAGAUAUCGCUCCCGCAGAUAAUAUCUCAAAAGAAGAGAAGCACAGGAGAGAAGAGGCAGCCAUGCAACAGCUGACCCAGCUUCUGUCAGAGGACCUCAGAAAAGAAAUCUAUGAGCUCUGGGAAGAAUAUGAGAACCAGUGUACUGCAGAAGCCAAGUUUGUAAAGCAGUUGGAUCAGUGUGAGAUGAUAUUGCAAGCCCUUGAGUAUGAAGAGCUGGAGAACACGCCUGGCAGGCUGCAGGACUUCUAUGAUUCAACUGCUGGAAAGUUUGUUCACCCAGAGAUACUCCAGCUUGUAUCUCUGAUCAACACAGAAAGGAAUAAAAAAAUAGCAGCUACCUCUCAUCCACAUUCCUGAGGUGUUCCUGAAUGCCGCAGCUAUAAUAAACAUAUUGUUUUACA